AUGGCAUCACACUUGACUGCCCUCCAUACUAUCCAUGGUUAUAACUCUAUGGGAUUUGGCUGCUCCCUGUUCAGUGCCUUGAAUGCAUUAGCAGUGAAUGUGCCUGAUCACACCACACUACCACAUACAGGAGCAGUGAAUUCAUCGAUUCCUGUACCCACCCAAACCAAGGCUAAAGACAAGGCAAGAAGACGAACAGCUACAUCGGAGGAGCUAUUAGGAUUCAAAGGUUCAUCUGACUUCACUCCUGACCCUGCUGUAGGUGUGGUCAUUGAGUCUGAUGAAACAUCAUCAUCAACAGAUACCGCUUCAGUAGAUUCAUCUCAGGUUCUACCAUCAAGUCAUAUACCAAUCAGAAAAGAUGGCAGAAUAGAGAAGCUUUCACCUGCUCUUCGAAGGAAGAAUAUAACACAACUUCAAGCUUUAUCUAACCCUAGCUCUGUAGACCAUACUCCAGACCAUACACCUCCUGGAUCACCUCCUCCUUCUAGAACUGGUAAUGUCUUCUCAAGGCUGGCUCAAACCAAUUCACCUGCUCAGUCUCAGAAAGAUAGAGGUUCAAUCAUUCCUGUGAUUAAUAAACCUACUACACCUCGUGCUCCAUUAGUGUGUUCAUACACAGCUGAAGGUCAUAAUAAAGCAGUCUUAUCAGUUCAAGCCACAGAAGAACUACUAUUCAGUGGAUCUAAAGAUCGGAGUGUGAAAAUCUGGAAGCUGGAGACUGGGAAGGAGAUUGCUACUCUCGCUGGUCAUACUAAUAAUGUAGGUGUAGUGAGGUAUUGUGAGAAACUCAAGCUUGUAUUUAGUGUUUCUACUGCAUUCAUACGAAUAUGGGAUAUCAGAGAUACAACCAAAUGCGUUACUACACUAAGUUCAUCUGGUAUGCAGCUUGAUAAGACUGCUGGUAGUAGUUCAUCUAGAACAGUUACUCUACCACAAGGAGAGACACAGAUCAAUGAUAUCGCUAUCAAUCAAGAUGGAACUAGACUAUAUUCAGCUGCUGGUAAUAUAGUAAGAGUAUGGGAUCUUAACAGCUUUCAGUCAAUGUGUAAGUUAUUUGGUGGACCUUCUGCAGCAGUAAUGUGUCUGGAUGUAAAGACUACACCUGAGUUUGAUCAAGUCUUUGCUGGAUCCAAAGAUCAUUAUGUCAAGAUGUUUGAGGUCGAGCCGGCUGCAUCUGGUUGUCUGACUUCAUCAUUCAACUUUGACCCUCCUCAUUAUGAUGGUAUCCAGUCAAUGGCUAUCAAGGGGAAUUCCCUAUUCAGUGGUUCAAGGGAUGCAUGUAUUAAGAAAUGGGACUUGGAACAAAAACAACUUACAAAGGCAAUGUCUAAUGCUCAUAAAGACUGGAUAUGUGCCUUAGACUUCUUACCAAGUUACAACUGUCUGUUAAGUGGCUGUAGAGGGGGCUAUUUAAAGCUGUGGAACAUUGAGACGUGUACCCCUAUGGGAGAGAUGAAAGCUCAUACCAGUCCUAUCAACUCCAUAGCAACCAACUCAACACAUGUCUUCACUGCUUCAAGUGAUAGGACAGUGAGUGUGUGGAAGAAAAAUGGGGAAGCAGAUCGCACAUGACCUUUGACCUGAUGAUGACAUCACAAAGGGCAUCAUGAUGUUCAACCAUAACUGCAAGCUUGAUGAGUCAAAACACAUCCUAACUGGUUGCAUCCAGUUUUCACCGCUUUGAUUCUCAGUGGUUCUUCUAUAUACAGUGCUACAUUCAUGCAGUGUCGAUAUGAGAUUGUGAAAUACCUGCUUAGUUGUUAGUAUGAAACUAAUAACUAUAUGAUUUCUAAAUUGCCGAAAUCAAAUGCAAGAAUUAUAGUUAUGAAUAUCACAAGUGCACUAUUAUACACACUGUUUCACUCUACAUGCCACCUAUACAUCAACAUAUAUGUAUAAUCUAAAUUUAGUCAUUUAUUCUUUCAUGUGGAAUGUAUGCCUAGAAAGAUGUACAAAACAGGAUGAAAAUGAUAUUAAUACAUUAAAGGGGAAAUGUGACCCAAGUAGACAAAUUAUGAAAAGGAAAUGAGAAGAUUAGGAAAGCUAAUUGGUGAAUAUUUUAACAAAACUUGACACAUAAUAAGAAAGUUAGGCAAUUUUUUACUUGUGAGAAGCUUUGAUUCCCGUUUAUAUUGGGAUUCGAAUUGGCUUAUGGUGAUGUAAUUAUGAUGUAAGGUAAGGAUAACUGAGGAUAUACAUGCAUGUUCAUCUUAUUCAACACUGGGGAAAAAGUGCUUAGGAGAAAACCACACAAAUUCCUGUUAAUUAAAUUAGACAAAUAGAUGUGAAAAAAACAAAAAUGAAAUCACCAAAUUCCAAUUUGAGAUCGACAUAGUUUUCGAGAACAGUUUUCGGAACUGAAGUGGCUACCCUGGGUAAAAAUGCCGCUAUUAUUAUUAUUAUUAUUAUAGUCUUAGUGAUCUCAUUUUGCAAAUAGUCAUUACUUUCUUAUUGCUUAUCCGAUUUUCACAACUUUUUUUUCAUUUAUUUUAUUAUUUUGUUACCAUGGCUGGAUUCCCCUUUUCCACAUCGCAGGUCUGUAGGGUGUAUGCUAUAUUGCUGUGACACCAAGUUUACCAGCACCAGAUUUAUUUGGUCCAGAGUUAAUAUGGUGUUGAUACAGUAUGGUGUAAGUGUUGUCUUAGCUGUUAAAUGGUGGCAUACUCCCCAAGGAGUGGAUAAUGUGUAUACAGUGUGCAAUCCAGAAUGUGAAGACCAGGAUAAUGAUAUAUCUGGGGAUGUCCUUAUGAUCUGACAGUUACUAUAAAAGUUACAUCUUACUUUUCGGAUAUGCUGCAAUCUGGCUUGGUGCAAACAGCCCAGCUAGGCAUACCGGUGAGAUGCGCACAACUGUUUUUUUUUCUUGUUGUGUACACUCUCAAUGGAACAAUCUUAAGAUGAGGGAUGUUAUAUUACUUAACACCAAUACCAACUAGCUCUGAACACUAAACCCAGUUUAGAAGUAUGCAAUCAAUGUUUGUAGAUUGACAAAUAGGAAAUAGCGCCCUCAAUUGUUUGUAAAUAUGAAUAUUAUAUUUUUUUGUUGGAAUACCAUCGUUUAAUUCUUCAAAAUUCUAAGAAAUCAUGACAGAAUAGAUGUUGACAAGUGUAAUAUAUGCAUGCUGUAGAAAGAGUUUAUAUUUAUUUUCUAUGUGUAUAUGUAUGUAUAUGUUAGUGCACAUAAUAUUGCUUGACAAUGGCACAUAUUGGCAUAAAAGUGAAAAAUCCCCCCCCCCCCUCUUUUUCAGUAUUCCUCUCCUUUUUUUGUUAUCCAUUGUUGAAAGAUGGAGGACCAAAAUGAUCAUUUUCUUUCAACAAUUUCAAUUUCUUUGCAAGUACAUUGACAUUGCUAUAUUUGAAACACAUAGGCACACCUACAUAGCCUCAUGUACAAUGCUUUAUCAUGUAUUGAACCACAGAGACCAUUAUUGCGCAAUUAUUUCAAUCUUCUUGCAAUUUAGAAAGUCAAAAAGGGGCCUAAGCUUUCGAUCCUAGCAGAAUCUUCGUCGGAGGCAAAAUGACAAACAUAUAAAGUGGAACAACCAUAAUAUAGACCACAAACAAGCUACAGCAACACUAGAAACAAGGAGACAAAAAUAUAUUCUUGCAAUUUGUCAGAUAUUGCACAAUAUAUCAGUUAGUAAUUAUACUUGCUGCAAUAAAUGCAGUAUAAUUGAAAUGGCUUUUACUGAGCUACUAUUGCAUUUCAAGUAAUGUAACUCCUGCCAGGUUCUCAUUUAUGUCAAGCGGAUUGAGUGCAAUUGAGCUCUCAACAUAUGAGCUCUGUUGACCCAUGUGUGAACAAGUCUUUGUUUAUCGGCUACGCAAGUAACGCAAUCAUUCCAUGCAAACAAUCAACAUAGACAAUAGCUACAGUGUUUUAUAUGAACCCUUUGUGUGUUCAGCAUAUAUAAUAUGGAUUGUCUGAUCCCCAGAGAUGUUAUUAAUGAAGCUUUAAGCAUAUUCCAAAAUAUUUUGUAUAGAUUAUAGUAGAGAAAUAUAAUGUAUUUAUUAUUGUUUGAAUGAGUUUGUUGGCAUAUUCUAUUGUUUGAUUUGCAAAAGCUGAUAGAAAAAUAUCUCUCUAAUUUCCAGGUAGAUUGCAGCUGUAUGUAUUAUGAUAGUUCCACAUUAAUAAGUGAAAAUAAAUGAUAUGCCUUAACCCGUGGAGCUGUGAGUUAUGUCUGACAAUCAAUGAAGACUGGAUAUAAAUAGUGUGUGAUUCUGCCACAUAAUACACAUUGCCUGAUUUUACAUGAUUGUUUUAUUUUCAUUUUCAAUUCAGAAUGUAUUUCAUUAUGCAAUAACUAUCGUUUUGUAGAUAAUUAUAUUGCCAUGUUUUGUAGAUUCACUUUUCUGUGAUACAGACAGGCAAAUAAAUUGCACAGGGUUCUUUGGAAAGGGAUGCUCCGGGCUGAGAAUAUAUAUAUCUACAUAAAAUGUUAUAAAUGUUAUAGAAUUUCAUAAAUAAAUUUCAUUCAUUAAAAGUGGUAAAAUAAAUAACAGAGACCCAAGUUUUCUAAACAGUUCUUAACAUCAUAUUCUAAUUUCUUUUGUG